AUUAGCUACUCCAUAAUACUUUGGUACGCGUCUAAGAAGAUGGCUUUUCAUAUCUAUAAUUUGGGAAUUUUGUUUCUCUUAUUAGGAGCACAGCUCAUAACAACCGCCGUCCAUUGCCGGACGCUCCGGAAUUCCGUCGGAAACGUCAACGGUUUCGAGCACUAUCAAACGCCGGAAACUGAAGUUGCAGAAAAAACUGAGGGAAAGGCGGCUGCUUUUUCUGUUUCUUCACCAACCUGCGGUAAGGAAUGCUCCUCCUCGCGUAAGGGCAAUUCAGUCAAAAGCAUGGCGUUCAUAUUAGCUUCUGGUCCAAGCAAGAGAGGCGCUGGUCACUAGCUAAUUUAAUAAAGACCAAAUUACGUACAAGUCUACAUCGAUCACAUACACUGAUACACAUAUACGGAGUAUAUACGUACAUGUAUUAAUGUAUAUAUAUACGGUCACAACAAAAACAAAACUUUUAGAUUUGUUUGUAUAGUUGUGGAAUCUGCAUUUUUGACUAUGUUGUUUGACACCCAUUAAUCUUCUUACAUUUUAUUCCGUUCACUAAGCGGGUGUCUAGAAGUUAGUGGUAAAAUUUUAAAAGUUCGUAGAUUUUAAAAGAUUAGAUGUAUUUAACGUGGA